AUGGCAGCUAAGUUCAUAAUCCUCGUCGCAUGUGUGUCUGCGGCUUGCGCCAGCGGUGGCAGCUACUCAUACUCGUACGGAGUGACGGACCCCAACACUGGCGACGUGAAGAGCCAGCACGAGAAACGUGUCGGAGACUCCGUCGUGGGCCAGUACUCUCUGGUCGACCCUGACGGCACCAAGCGCACGGUGGACUACGAGUCGCAUCCCAACACUGGAUUCAACGCUGUCGUCCGUAAAGACCCUCCUUACGGCGUCCAUCCUUCUCCUGCGGCAUACAGUGGAGCAUAUGCCGGUGCUGGUCUCGCUAAGGCGGGUCUCGCUGCGCCCUUAGCCCACGGAGCGCUAGCCACUCCUCUGGCGCAUGGAAUCGCCGCUCCUCUCGCUGCUGCCACCCCUCUCGCCCACGCUCCCCUCGCAGCCCCGUUAGCCCACAGUGGUUAUAGCGCUGGUCUCGGCGCGUAUGGCGCUCCUCUGGCCGCUGCCGCCUAUGGCGCUCCUCUGGCACAUGGAGCCGCUGCCUAUACUGGUCUAGCUCAUGGUAAUCUCGCCGGUCACGGUCUCAACUACGGUGCGGAAUGGUGA